AUGAUGCGUGGCGCUACGUUUAGGCCAUCGUCAGCUGAGGAAGCUCACAUGUGGGCCACCUACAACGGCCGCUCCUACUCGCAGCAGGGGCGUGAAUCCGAACAGACAUCAUCAAACGUUGGCAUCGACGGCCUUGCUCCUCAUGAUGACGCCGUGUAUAACAAGCCAACACCAAAGAUCCACUCCCCCAUUGGCAUCCCCGAGAGGGAAGAUAAGGAGAGCCCACCGCCUCACAUCGACACCCUCUUCCGAUCCUCGUUUCAAUCGGAUUUCAACUUGCUGGCGAGCCCCUUCAAGACUUCAUCUCUGUUCAGCCAGUUCUCUUUCUCCUCCGACUCCUCCUCUGCCACCUCCUCUCUCUCGCCGCCCCUGCCCGGCUCGCCCCUCCAGCAGCAGCAGCAGAGCCAGCUCGCGAGGGAGGCCGAGGACGACGACGAAGAGAUCGACAUGUCCUCCAUGUCCGACCUCGGCCUCAUCGACGAGUCGAUGGCCAUGCUCACCACCUCUUCCUCCUCCUCUGCCGCCGCCAUCAACAACGGCGCCUCGUACGGCAGCGUCGCUGGCUCGAACCGGCACAACGGCCUGACCGGUGGCACGACGUCGCCCACCAACAUGGCGCCAUCGCCGACGUCGGCUGCGGCGUCGCAGGCCGGGGCUGGCCUCCAGAGCCCGCCGGCGCUGUCCACGCUCGGCGAUCUGCGGGGCGGUGGCGAGCACCCCUACGGCGAGCACCCCUCGCGCACCCUCUUCGUCCGCAACAUUCACAGUUCGGUCGACGACGAGGAGCUUCGCACUCUGUUCUCUAACUGUGGCACGGACCUGAGCCUGCAGAUCCGCAGCAUGUACACGCAGUGCAAGCACCGGGGAUUCGUGAUGAUCUCCUACUUCGACAUCCGCGACGCCAAGACCGCCAUGCAGAACCUCCAGAACAAGGUCGUGCGAGGCCGGAAGCUCGACAUCCACUACUCGAUCCCCAAGGACAACCCGUCGGAGAAGGACCAGAACCAGGGCACGCUGGUGGUGUUCAAUCUCGACCCGUCGACGACGGACGAGGAGCUGAUGGAGAUCUUUGGCCAGUACGGCGAGAUCAAGGAGAUCAGGGCCACGCCCAACAAGAAGCAUCACAAGUUCAUCGAGUUCUUUGACGUGAGGCACGCCGAAAAGGCCAUGAAGUGCCUCAACAAGACCGAGAUCAAGGGCAAGAAGAUCAAAAUCGAGCCCUCCCGUCCCGGCGGCGGGGUGAGGAAGAACGCGCAGUUCAUGCACCACGGCCACACGGGCGUGGGCAGUCCGGGUCUGGGCCUCGGCCCGCAGCAGUCGCAGCACCUGCUGGCCCUGCCCAGCGGGCGACCGGGCAUGGAGGGUCUCGCGGAGGUGGGCGGCGUCGACGGACCCGACUCGUCGCAGCCGGCGCGCGGCCGGUCGACCUCCCUCCCGGCCUUCCCCGUGGCCGCCUCGACCACCACCGCGCCGGAGAACGCCGGCGAGGAAGCCUGGGUCUACCACUUCCCGCCCAUCGGCUCGCUCCACUCCAUGGGGCCGCUCCACCCUCCGCCCGGCAUCUACGCCAAGCGCUCCUCACCGCCCAUCCCGCUCGGAGGCGAGCCGAUGUGGAAUCCCAACAAUGGGAUGACGAAUCCGGGGAUGGCGGGUGGCCAGCUGCCCAACGGCGCGGACCCGGGUCCCUACCCGCCGAACGGGAUGCCGCGAUACUACGGCGCGCUGCCGCCCAUGUACCAGCUCCAGCAGCGGUUCAUUCCGGCGCCGGCGCCCGGUUCGUCGUGGCGUCCCAACACCGCCAACCCGGCCACCUCCCUCCCACCACAGCGCCAGCCUUCGGCCUACCUUGCCGAGAACCGCAUGCCGGCGAUGGGUGGAAUGGGGCCGGGCGCGAUGAACGGCAUGAACCCGAUGGGCGCCCACGUCCCGAUGAACGGCGCGCUGUUGCCCGGCAUGCCGCAAUCCGCCGGACAGAACCCGCACGCGCACCAGCACCAGGUGCACCCUCACCCGCACCCGCACGUCCAGUCUGUCAGCCCCGUCACGCCCGGUGCGUCGUUGUCCGCUCAGCCGGCCGGGCCGCCCAUCCUCUCGCCGCCCACACUGACGAUCGCGACGGUGGCGAGCUCGGUGGCGCCGUCAGCAAGCGGCAGCCUCUCGUCGCCGCAGGCCCAGAUGGCCGCUGCCCACCAGGGCCUGGCGCCGCCCAACAAGCAGCAGCCACAGCCGCCGCAGCAGUCGGGCAUGCUGGUGCCGCGGGGUCCUCGCGAGCGGGGCAUCACGUACCCGCCCGUGGGCGUGAAGAAGGCCAUGUCCCCAGCCGCCCUGCCCACGCCCCUCUCCUACCGCAACGCCGCCAGUCAGGCCUCGUCGGGCGUCGCCUCCGACUCCAAUAAUGGUGCCGGGCGCAAGGUCGGACGCGCUCGCUCCGACUCCAUCGACGAGAAGGACGGUGAUGCGUCGCAGUUCUCGCUGGACAUUCAGAAGGUCAACGACGGGCGUGAGAGGCGGACCACGCUCAUGAUCAAGAACAUCCCCAACAAGUACUCCCAGAAAAUGCUCCUGGCCGCCGUCGACGAGCACCACCGGGGCAAAUACGACUUCUUCUACCUCCCCAUUGACUUCAAGAACAAAUGCAACGUGGGGUAUGCGUUCAUCAACUUCAUCGAUUGCCUGUCGAUCGUGCCCUUCUACGACGAGUUCCACGGCAAGAAAUGGGAGAAGUUCAACAGCGAGAAGGUGUGCGCCAUCACCUACGCACGCAUUCAGGGAAAGAACAGCAGUCUGAUGUGCGAAGACCGCAAGUGCCGUCCCAUCAUUUUCCACAGCGAGGGACCGCACCAGGGCGAACAGGAACCGUUCCCCGUCGGCAACAACAUUCGCAUGCGACGCAAGGACAACGAGCGCGGCAAAGUGAACAAAGACAACGACCACAACAAGCAUUCUUCAUCUACAAUUCUCGAUCUCGACUCCGAUCCGACCUCCAUCAUCAUCUUCCUCGAUUUUGGCUUCUUGUAG